AUGCAGUCGCGACCAGAGCACGAUCGAGUGGCCAGUCACCAUACAGUACCAGCCUAUCAAAAUCAGGGUGACAGAGACAUAGGGAGAGGCCCUGACGAAGAAAAAGAUAAUGAACCCGAUGCAGUUGACGAUGAGGCCACAGGAGGCGACGAGCAGACUCCAAAAGUAGGCGCCUCGGUAGCGCUUAAAGGUGACGAAGCACAGGAUAAUAACCUCAAUGGCGAUGAAGAGUGCUAUGCUCGAAAACGCUAUCAGGACGAACUGCUGUGGCUGGGAGACGAGGAAUCCUUAAGUGACGUCAACCGUCUACAACCAAAUAUUGCCACUUCCAUUGCUUUGUCCUUUGUACCCGUAUUUCGAAAAUAUGCCUUCAAAGCCAAAAAUGUCCAUAUAUGGGAUAUUCAUGUCGAACCGCUGGGAUCCGUCUAG